GACGAAGAAGAAGACGUUUGACGCGCCGUAGUUCUGUGUCAACAUGGCCGCACGCGCUGGAGACAAGCGUGGUCUGGAGCAUUUAGAUGAAUAUGACCCAAAACAAGCAAAACAGCAAAAAAGCUUGCACGAACAGAUGACGGAAAAGCGUCUUGUUGUUGUUUUAGAAGGAGCGACGCUUGAAACCGUAAAGGUUGGAAAGACAUUUGAGUUGCUGAACUGUGAUCAACAUAAGAGUAUGAUCAUAAAAAGCGGAAGAGACCCUGGGAAGAUUCGUCCUGACAUCACUCAUCAGUGCCUGUUGAUGUUACUGGACAGUCCUCUGAACAGAGCUGGACUGCUUCAAGUCUACAUUCACACAGAGAAGAACGCUUUGAUCGAGAUCAACCCACAGACGAGAAUUCCUCGCACUUUUGCACGAUUUUGUGGACUAAUGGUCCAGCUGCUGCACAAGCUGAGCGUGAGAGCAGCAGAUGGUCCUCAGCGCUUGUUAAGGCUGAUAAAAAAUCCAGUGUCGGACCACCUGCCAGCUGGAUGCCCCCGAUAUUCGACGUCGUUCAAAGCAGGAGAUGCUGUGUGUCCCCGAACAAUCGUCCCUAAAGAUGGACCUGCCGCUGUUGUCAUUGGAGCGUUUGCACAUGGAGCAGUGAAUAUCGACUACACCGAGAAGACUGUGUCCAUCAGUAACUAUCCUCUGUCUGCAGCUCUGACCUGUGCUAAGAUGUGUUCAGCGUUUGAAGAGGUUUGGGGAGUGUUAUGACCAAACCAGACUGUUACGAACUGUCAGGAACAGAUCUUUGGACUGUGAUGUGUGUAUGUAUACAAUCCAUUCCUUGGAGCAAAAAUUGUGUUAUAUGACGGGACAACAAAGGAGAAUAUUUCAUAACACAAUUUAAACUCACACUGACGCAAACCAGCAUACCCUUUAAAGUGUGGGGUAUUUAACUUUGGAUUCAUUUUGUAUAAGUUUAUACAUUGAAUAAUAAACCCAGAUUUACAUGUGUGAAACAA